AUGGCAAAUAAAUUUUGUUUUGAAGCCUUAGACAGGACCUUGCGAGAUAUCCUCCGAGUAAAAUAUGAAAACAGCUCAGAUAAACCAUUUGGAGGCCUUACAAUCAUAUUUGGUAGUGAUUUUCGUCAAAUACUACCAGUGAUUCCAAAAGGAACACGAGUUGAUAUUCUAGAUGCAUCACUCAACUCCUCAUAUUUGUGGCCAUUCUUUACAAUUUAUGAGCUGAAACAAAAUAUGCAACUUUGUUGUGGAAGAGUAUCUGAUUCUGAGGCCGUUGAAAUUACUACUUUCGACAAAUGUUCAGCUAAAGCAAAAAUUACCUUAUGGGAAGAACUUGGGGAGAAGUUUUCUCCUUAUUUGUAUAACAAUGAUGCUGGCCCAUAUAUAGUGAUAGUGACUUCUACAACGGUGAAAGAAUUUUAUGGUGAGGUUAGCUUCUCCACCACCUAUGCAAGCAAAAUCUAUGUAAAUCUUGAUAUAGAUUACAUAAGAUCUUUGGCUCCAAAAUUUUCCACCAUGUCCACAGAACUUCAAGUUAUCGAAAGCUCUAAUGUUAACAGUCUUCCUAUUGAGGAAGAGAUGUUUAUGAACCGUAUGGACAUUAAGGAGUUGUUGGAGGCUGAAUGGAGCUCUGAACUACAGGAUCGUUACGCUAUUUCAUGGUAUUUAUUUAAAACUGUAGGAAUACAUUGUUACCGUGAAGAGCAAGAUAAAGGAAAUAGAUAA